CCUGACUGAGCCGACGACAACGUCAAUAUGGACUCUUAACCGGGCUCCAUUCACGCGUGAAAGGCAUUGUGUUGAAAUCCUACUUCACUCGUGUCAAAUCGUCAUUCACGCCUUCUUCAAAUACCCUUUCUUACAAUUCCCCAUUCCUGUCGCCCUUGGACGCGUAUCUCUCAAGCCCUUGUCUGUGGAACAGAAUCUCACCAGCUGUCUCUAUGUUCUAGAUGACUGGUGCUUCAAGAUUCUCGCAUGCUCGGUUCGAUUCACCCGCUCUGCCUUAUCCGCAUCUCAGAGAGUCAGCUCUGUAUAAACAAUAUGCAGGCUUUCCAAAGCUGAGAAGAUGUCCUACCACAAAGACAUAGGACCCGCCGCACUUUUUGUAUAUAAUCUCUCUCACCACACCAGCAGGCGACCCUAUCUCCGAAGGAAUGUUCGAGAAGUGCUAGGCGCACUAAUUAUGGGAUCAACGAUAUCCUCACUCAAGUCAACCAUUGGAGCCAGGGCUCGGGAGGAAGUCAUGGCUUCAGAUGACGAGGAAGAUGAGCGGCAACGGCCAGCAAAACGGAGGAAGAUUGACCAGUCUGAUGAGAGACGCUCAACAUCUCUCGCCGCUGACGACGAACCCUUCGAAUGUCGUAGGCCAUUUGGUCAGGUGAUGAAUGAGAGCAGAAGAACGUCAGGGCGGGCUUCAGCGAAGCCAGAUAUUAUCAACCCGAUCAACUUCUACGGAGGCCCUCAGUCUGCUGCCCAGAAACUAGCUCAACCUGCAAGACUUGAAAAGAUGAGCAAGAAACGCAUCAGCAGAUGUCUACCCCGGACCACGGUCGAUUUUGCUGAGUCAAUGCGCAUUGACUUACUCCAGAUCAAUGCAGAACAUGACGAAACCGUGCCCGACGAGGCGCAAUGGGGUCAAGUGGCUGACAUCAAAUGCCGGUGUGCUGUGGCCAUAUUCUAUGCAAAAAACGAUGAGAAGCCUGGCGAUGUGAAGCCUUCAGAUUUCCUUGAGAUCUGUCGAAUACCGCAGGCCUGCAAAUAUCGAAUUUCUAUCAGUAAGGACGGCGAGAUAACUCGAGAAAUUCUUGCAGAGCCCUUCAUUUUUACCAAGGACCAUUUCUACGUGCAUCGUCGAACGAGAAAGCCCAAUGGCCAAUGGGACACUCAUUCAGACGGCUUUGGCUUUGCUGACAAAUACAAUAUCAAAGUGUUUCUCGAGUCAAUGGGAUCCAGCGUAACCUGGCCUGCUAUGGAUCUCACAUCGGCAUCAGAUAUCAACCCCAUUGGAGAUCUGAUCGCCGAAGGAUCCAUAGUACACGAAGAUGUCUCCUUAUAUGCCCGCACCAAUCCUUGGUUGUCCGCGGAACGACACAGCAAAACUGACCUGCACGCCGUUCACAAGGGUACAAGUCAGAAAAUCAGCUAUAGUCUGGAAAUGAUGAUAAGAUGGGCACUACCAAAUCAACUAAAUGAGCUUAACAUAGAAAGCACAAAGCAAGUCUCCGCACCGAAACUCCGGUCAGAACCUGCUCCAGAACCUCCAGAAUCUCCUCGGAAAGCCGAAAUCAUUAUGCCACCAGAAAGUCCUGGAGACAGCCGUGCUGCAAGACGUCGUUCCAAUGUACCCACGUACAACCUAAAAGCUCUCAGUAGCAUAGCCCAAGGAAAAUCACCAAGAGCGCCGCGAGCACAGCGACCAAGGUCUGAGCAGCACAUCCCAGAAAAUGGUGAAAUCACCGUUACAUACUGCUUCGGAAAAGCCGAAGCUGCAGAGACUGGCAUCAAGCGAGAAACUACUGUUGUUGGUUUAAAAUGUCCUUUCUGCCUAUCUCGGAAUCGAUCACUCGAUCAGCUGCGGUUGCAUCUCAACACCGACCAUAGUGCUUACAAGUUCCAUCUUCGCCGUCCGAAUCCGCCAAGAGUUACAUUCUUUAUUGAGCUAGCUAGGAGUAGCCGUCCUGGGCUAUUGAAUAUGCCCGAACGGUCGAGAAUUAUCCAGCUGGGUCAGCCUAUGACUUUGUUCGACCUAGAAAAGCAUCUGAAUGGCGACGAGUCUUGGAUAAAGGCCCGCCGUGGACUCUUGCACAAUGGCUGGCCAGAACAUCUUACAGAGAAGCGAAUGGUUGAUUCUUCCCACUCAUCAUCUCCUCGUGGAUCACGCUACAGCUCGCCAAACACGUCAAACGAUACGGAUGACUUCAUGGACGUGGACAAAUAUGAACCGAGGCGGCCAGCUAAGGAGCGAAAAGUUCAUUACGUUCCCAAAAUCAACAGGCCUCUCUUCGAUCCCGUGACCAAACGACAGCUCAAAGCAGGCGAACCUCUCCCAAACAGCGACGAUGAAACCGAUGAGAGUUGGUUGCACCAGCAGCGGAGAGAUGGAAUCAAUGAUUUCACAGACAUUCCGCCCGAAGAGAAAGAAUACAUCAACAAAUUCAAUCCGUACAUCAUCGACGAACAUCUGACAAGCAUGAGGCAUCUCCCUGACGCAAUGGUCCGCUUCGUAGAAGCUAAUAAAUCAUGGAUCGCCGAGAAGGUGUCACGUAGACAGGAGUUUAUGAAGCAGAUGGAGAACUUUCUGUUGAAAGGCUACGUGGAUGAAAAGGGUGUGCUGGACCGCUGCUUCCGGAUCUUGAUUGCUGAGGAGAAAGCCAUGAAGUCGAGAAAGCAGAAUUCGGGUAAUGCUGACGAUGACAAUGAAGAUGUCGAUAUGAACAGGGUGGAAGAAGAGCCAGCCCCACUGAAAAGAGGCCUGCAUACUUGCAAAUGUGGUGAAAUUACAAUGCCUCCAAAUCGGGUGGUGUGUCGCGGACUCACAUGCCCAGCACGCUUCUUCUGCAUCCCAUGCGCGAAAGGUUUCGGUCGACCAAUCGCUGGGGAGUGGAAAUGCGACAUUUGCACUUCUUGAGAGGAAGACAGCGUCGACACCGUGACACCUUACACACAACCUUACGAAUAAACAGACCAAAUCACACAGAACGUUUAAAGAAACACCCACUAGCACGCAUUUAUGCAUAUUUCCAUUUCAUGGACAUUGAGCGGUCUCUUCCUCUCUUGCUAAGCUUGAGUUUCUCGGAAGGUCCAAUUAGGGCAUCAUAGCAAGGAGUUUUGAGGGAUGGGCGGGCUGCGGAGGACGGAUUAGGUCUUGAAGUGGCUGUGCUGAAUUGUCUGAUACUGCGCGGUUGAUGUAUAGCUAAUAUUGUACAAAUUUGGCGGAAUAGCCUGAAUUAUGGUGAGGGCUUUGGCGGGCUGUGAAUGCGAAUUGAACUGAUGGGCAUUAUACCAUGCAUGCUUUUCUUGCUUCGGGUUAGAAAAAUGCACCCUAAUCGAUUUGAAGACGGAAUGAUAAUAUUGCUGCGUGUGUUGUGAAGUUUUUAAUGUUCAUGCGAAUGUUCAUAUCAUCUGUCUAUAGUCUUAUAGAUGAGACAAAUGUAGUGGAAUGUCGUUUGGAUCGGAUACACAUAUGUGGUUCAGAUACCUGAAUUUCAUAUAUCAGGAUAGUAUGUUGUAUCUUAGUAAGAUAGUUUUUCG